UCUGAAAAUGGCGGAUGAAAGCGGAUUGAUUUAACUUUAUCAUAUAAAAAUAAGAAUAUCAUGUAAGGAGCGACACCACUGCAAAGGAUGAAUUUUCAGCUCAACGGGGAUUUUUAAGUCAAAUUCCACACUGCGACGUGACACUAUCAGAAGAGAGCGAAAGUUGAAGCUUAGGUAUUGUUUAAAGAGCAUGGAAGAGGGGAGUUCCCGUUACAGCAAACGCCUGCGUACCGGCACACGGCGACGUUACCAGGAUGAUGGCAUUUCGGAUGAUGAGAUCGAGGGAAAGAGGUCUUUUGAUCUUGAUGAGAAACUCCAAAGUGAUCGAUACAGCUCAGAUUUGGUCAAAAUUAUGGAUGGAGAAGACUUCACCUUGGAGUACAUCCAACGGGAGGGACUCCGGGAUCCCAUUAUCUUUAAGAAAGCAGACGGGCUUGGCAUUACGAUGCCUGCCUCAAACUUUAGUGUCAGUGAUGUGAAAUUGUUUGUGGGCAGUCGUAGAAUGAUUGACGUGAUGGAUGUGACUACUCAAAAAGGCAUCGAGAUGUCAAUGGAACAGUGGAGAAGAUACUACGAGACACCUGCAUCGGAGAGGGAGAAGCUGUAUAAUGUCAUUAGCCUUGAGUUCAGCCACACAAAACUAGAGCCUCUAGUCAAGAGACCUGCCUCGGUUGACAUGAUUGACUGGGUAGACAACAUGUGGCCAAGGCAUCUAAAAGAGAGACAGAGAGACUCCACCAAUGCCAUCAUUGAUAUGAAAUACCCUAAAGUACAGAAGUAUUGUCUGAUGAGUGUCGAGGGAUGUUUUACAGAUUUCCACAUAGACUUUGGUGGCACAUCAGUCUGGUAUCACAUCCUCAGGGGGGGAAAGGUGUUCUGGCUGAUCCCGCCCACACCUCACAACCUGGAGCUCUAUGAGAACUGGGUGUUGUCAGGGAAACAGGGUGACAUCUUUCUUGGUGAUAAAGCCACCGCGUGCCAACGAAUUGAACUGAAAGAUGGUUACACGUUCAUGAUCCCCUCAGGGUGGAUCCAUGCCGUGUACACUCCAAAGGAUACUCUAGUGUUUGGGGGUAAUUUUCUGCACAGCUUUAACAUUCCCAUGCAGCUCAACAUUUACAACAUUGAGGAACGUACACGGGUCCCUGCUAAGUUCCGCUACCCUUUCUACUUUGAUAUGUGCUGGUAUGUGUUGGAGCGUUACCUGUACUGUCUGACCAACACUUCUCACCUCACACCUGAGUUCCAGAAGCACUCACUGGGCAUCGGGCUGAAGGAGGAGGAUGUGAUGAAACGGGAAGGAUUUAAUGGUUAUGCUAGCAAUGGAGUGGAAGAGGACAACAAAGAGGUGAAGGAUGAGGCUGAGGAAGAGGCAGCACACAUCCCGCUUGCCCGUCCAGGGGUGAAAGUUCACUUGACACCCUUUGAGUUGGAGGGACUUUGGGCAUUAGUGUUAAAGUUGGAGGAGCUGCCAGCUCACAAGAAAUGUGUUCCAGCCGGCAUCAGAAAUGCUCCAGCACUGCUCAGUGAUUUAAGGAAGUUGCUAGAGGAACAUUCCAACGAUGACCCCAAAUUGUCUUACACUGGAAAACCAAUUGUCAAAUGGCCUAAAAGGCCCUCAUGGUAUCAGCCACCACCUCCUUCCCCGUCUCUGCUGUACCGCCCCCGCACUCCCGGUUCAGCCUCCAUUUUGCCACCGGUCCCUCGGCCUGUGAAGCCUUCUUCCUCCAUCUCAGCUCUGAGACGCAGGCGUGUGCGCUGCAAACGCUGCGAGGCCUGUCUGCGUACAGAGUGCGGCGACUGCAACUACUGUAGGGACAUGAGGAAGUUUGGAGGACCAGGCAGGCUAAAGAAGAGCUGUGUUCUCCGUCAGUGUCUUGCACCUGCGCUACCUCUAACUGCAGUAUGUGCCAUAUGCACGGGAGGCUAUCAGGACUCUGAAGAAUAUGAGACCUUCCAAACGCUUAUGGAAUGCUCCGAAUGUGCUCAGAUCACUCAUCCAAAAUGUAUAAAGGUUCCAGGUGAAGGUGUUAUCAAUAAAGACCUUCCUAGUUGUUGGGAGUGUCCAAAAUGUGUCCAGGGCAAGAAAACUGAGUCUUCCUGUAGUAGUGAGGAGGAGAUGGAGAGCAAAGUGUCCAACGGCAGUCUCUCCUCUGGUAUUCCAGCUAAGCGAGCACACAGAGAGGGGAUUGGAGUGGGGGGCUUGCGUAUGCGGCGCAGAGGUCGGCCACCCCUUUCCCCCCGUUCCCCGCUUCUGACCCGCCGACGCCAGCCACCCCCUUCCCAGAAACUCCUGCUGCAACACCAGCAGAACAGGAAGAGAGCAGGAGCACUGGAGUUACAGCUCAGGAAAAGGAUAAAAUUGGAGAGGAACAAAAUCAUCCAGUCGACCCGUUCGUCUGUCACUUUUUCUUCAAAGCUUCUGCGCUCUGGUCUGGAGAGACGAAGCAUGCUCCGAGCAGAGCCCAGCAGGAGCAUCUCUCGCAGCAGAGGGUCAUCCUCCUGUCGAGGAAGAGGAGUACGACUCCGAGGUGGUGGGAGAGGAGGAGGUCUAAGAGAAAGGAUGGAGACUGAGGUAGAAAGGGAUGAUUCCAUUGAACAAGAACAGGAGGAGAGGAAGGAGAAUGGACAGUGUGAUGGUAAAGAGAACCGUCCGCAGAGACGAGGUGGAAAAGCAGGGGAAGAGGAGAACGGUGAUGGCCAAGAAAAUGGGGAGAGUGAGGGCAGCAGUGAGGUUGGAGACCCGACUCAGUCGGACACUUCUGUGGUACUAAACAAUGAUGUCAGAGCCCAGGGGUCAUGUGUCACCGUGACUUUACAGCCGUCAAGGGGUAGGCGCGACCCUAGUGCCAUUGUACCUAAAUUGGAAGCCAACUUGUCCUCUAGAAGCCCUCCGCAAAACCACAAAUCUCUGCUGCGUCCCCCACUGCGAAACGGUACCCCUCACACAGACAGUCCUUAUCCAAAUGCAGAGAGAUCACACUUGAACAAGUCACAAAUGCUGACUAGGAGUACUUCCAAACACUCAGACAUGGUGCAAACUAGAUCUAAAUUAAAAGAUUCCCCUCGUCGCCUAACUCAAGAAAGAAUUGGGAAAAAGACUCGAUCGGAGAGCAAGAAAUCCUCAAAGUUCUGCCCCAGUUCCACCUUGCAUACCUCACCCGAACAGAACAGAGGGAACGAGCCAGGCUGGGAGAGAGAGGUGUGGGUGUCUGUGUUCCGCUACUUGACUCGUUCAGAGCUAUGCGUUUGCAUGGCGGUUUGCAGGAGCUGGUUCAAAUGGGGCUGUGACAAGCGUUUAUGGACACGGAUCAGUUUGAGCCGAUGUAGUUCAAUAAGUCCACAGGCCCUCACGGGCAUCAUCAAGCGGCAGCCUGUCACACUGGACCUUUCCUGGGCCAAAAUCUCCAAGAACCAGCUCAGCUGGCUCAUCAACAGACUACCAGGGCUUAAAGAUCUGGUGCUAUCGGGGUGUAAUUGGGCAUCUGUGUCAGCACUGAGCUCUCCUAGCUGUCCUUUACUGCGGUCUUUAGACCUGCGCUGGGCUGAUGGUGUCAAAGACCCACAAAUCAGGGAGCUCCUAAAUCCACCAGGCAGUGAUAACCGUUCCCAGCUAAAGAACAUGCAGUGUCUGUGGCUGUGUGGACUGGAGGUAACUGAAGCCACACUGAGGCUGAUCAUAAGACACAUGCCUCUACUCACACGCCUAGAGCUUUCACAUUGUCCAAUCACUGAUGGUGCUCUAAACCUCCUCAGUGCUGUGGGCUCCUCCACACGCAACACACUCGCACACCUCAACUUGGCAGGUUGCAGUCGCCUUACAGACAAAUGUUUGUUGUAUUUGCGGCGUUUCUCCUGUCUUUCCAUACUGGACCUCCGCGGCUGCAAAGGAGUCUCGCGGCAGGCAUGCGAAAGCUUUAUCUCUGAGCUGUCUGCCAAUGCCCUCUACUGCCUAUCAGAUGACAAACUCAUCCAGAGGAUAUCCUAAAAAUUCACCCUUCUCAGGGAGAGAGAAAGACUUUGUGAAUAUUAGUGCGACGUGUGUCAGAGAGAGAAUGCAGAGUCAAUAUUUGUGUGACGGGUUCUGUCUGUAGGGAGGUUCUCUGUUUGACAGAGAACCAAGAUUCAUGUAUAGAAGCUUAGGAAGGAGGAGCUCAAAGCAUCCAGGGUGGGACUUGUGUAUAAAUGGGUCUGGGUGAGGAGUAUCCUUCAUUUAUUUUUUUUUUGUAGGUAACUAUUUCCCUUUUAUGAACACACAAAUACACUGCAAUUGGCAAUCAGAUCAGUUCUCAGGCCUGUAAUGCCAUGGGCUCUUCUAUUAUGAGAUCAACAGGUGCUAUUCCUCUACAGAUGUUUUCUACUUCAAAUCUGCCUUUUAAAAACCUUGCCCUCUCUGUGCUUCUACUCUGGUCCAAUCCUGCCAUCUAGUCAUUCAUUUAUCCUCAGUAGUGUGGGGGCAUUGCAUUUGGAUUACACUUCACUCAUCCCCUUACCUUAAACAUUACUUUACAAGAGGAAUACCUUCUUUUUGUUUUUGAUUCCUCUCCCUCAAUAUCUGAAGAGUAUAGAUAUAUAUAAAUAUAUAAACACUCUUGUGUAAAUGUAUUCCUCUCCUGUAGUACGCCAGAUAAAAAAAAGAUCUGUAGCAUUAUAAUUAUUUUCAGAACCUUUUUCACUUUUGUUUUGUGUUUUUUUCCAAGAAAAUAAAGAAAA